CAGCGGAGGAGUACCAGGCCAUCCAGAGCGCCCUGAGGCAGAGGCUGGGCCCGGAGUACAUCAGCAGCCGCAUGGCCGGGGGAGGCCAGAAGGUAUGCUACAUCGAGGGCCACAAGGUCAUCAGCCUGGCCAAUGAAAUGUUUGGUUACAACGGCUGGGCCCACUCGGUCACGCAGCAGAACGUGGAUUUUGUGGACCUCAACAACGGCAAGUUCUACGUGGGCGUGUGUGCGUUCGUGAGGGUGCAGCUGAAGGAUGGCUCCUAUCAUGAAGACGUGGGCUACGGAAUUAGUGAGGGCCUCAAGUCCAAGGCCUUGGCACUGGAGAAGGCUAGGAAGGAGGCCGUGACCGAUGGGCUGAAGCGGGCACUCAGGAGCUUUGGGAACGCACUGGGAAACUGUAUCCUAGACAAAGACUACCUGCGCUCGCUCAACAAGCUUCCACGCCAGUUGCCUGUUGACGUGGAUUUGAGUAAAGCAAAGAGAGAAGACUUUGAGCCAUCUGUGGAGCAGGCAAGAUAUAAGAGCUGUCGCCCGCACGUGGCUCUGGGACCUGCCCCGGCACCCGAGGGGACCUCCCCCUGCAGACCAAGCCACCCGGACAACGCCCACGUGGUGACAGUGGGGGAUAAAGAAGGCAGCUCCCGACGUGCCGGGAGCGAGGCCACUCAGCAGCGGAAGCUCCGGCAGAAGCAGCUGCAGCAGCAGUUCCGGGAGCAGAUGGAGAAGCAGCAGCAGGUGCCCACGUCGGCCCCGCCCGCAGACGUGGAGCCCGAGGGGGCGCUCCCUGCUCCCCCCGUGACACACAGCACGCCCAUACCUGCCGUCUCUGAACCUGGCACCGAGAAAGAUUCCCUUGCAGAGAACCUGGACGAAAACCUGGACCUGUGGGAUGAGACGCCGGAUAUCCUGGACGAUGUCAUCAGGCCGUGGCCUGGGGCGCAGCCAGCCCAGGCCUCUGCCACUCCCGCCCCGAAGGUCGAGCUGGAGACCUGGCGCAGGGGCACCCACAGCCUUUGCCAGCAGAAGCAACCCACCAAGUCUGCACCCUGGCACCCUCAGGGGCUUGGCACUGACCAGCACGGAACAGGAAACUACAACUUGGACGGGAAGAGCCAGGACAUGAAGAAAAGGAAGCUGGAGCCAUCCUGAGGCCUGGGCCGCGAUUCUGGGGUUUGUCAGAAGGGACUUGUAGUACUUCGCAGUUCUGAGGAAUGAACUUUUCCCAGGGUUUACCUUGGUUCCUCCCGAACCGAACCGGUGGGCUGGCCGUCGGGGCGCUGCGGGAAAGCCGGGGACCUAGAGGAGUCGUGGCUCAGCGCGGUGGCAAGGCUCCGGGUCGAUGAAGCUCCUGCCUCGGGCCCCAAAGGCUGUCUCAGUGUUUGUUCUAUUCAGCUGUGUUAAUAAAGAGACAUUUUAGGACUCGCCA